AUGGCGGUACCGGCGACCUCGGCGGUGGCAGCAACGGACCCUGCAGCAGCUGCGGCAACGGCGGCGGUGGCGGCUGCGGCCGCGGUGGCAGCUGCCGCCUCGCCUAGACAGGGUGCCCUUGUUACGGCACAGCAGCAGGGAACCGGUAACGGUCUCUCUUGGCAAUCGAACAACGACAUCCCGUCGCGCAAGGAGAUCCUCUCAAAGAUCGUCACCUACCUGCAGCAGCGCAAGCCGAACGCGCGGCCCGAGUGGAUACAGAAGGUCCCUCUGAUGGCCAAGCGCCUGGAAGACAGUCUGUACAGAAACGCGAAGAGCUUCCAGGAGUACAAGGACCACGCCACGCUGAGACAGCGGCUGCAGCAGCUCGCCGCACGCCUCGGCACCAACGCGCAGCAGAACCGGGCGAAGCAGCAGCAGCAGGCAGCAGCUGGACAAGCCGGAGGCACCGCAGGUGCCAUCGGCGGUGAUAUUGCGGGGGCAGGGGCGGGGGCGGCGGCGGCCGGCGGGGCGGCCGGCUUCUCGUCCCGAUCCUCCGGGGCCUUGGGAGCGGCGGGGACCGGCGCGGGCGGCGGCGGCGGCGGCGCGGUGAACGGGAUCGGGACCAAGAACCUUAGCGCUGCCGCGGCGGCAACCGCGGCCGCCGCGGGCGCCUCCGGCAGCGGCGGAGGCAUUGGGAUCACGGUCCCGAUCAAGCCCGACCCUUCGUCGGGAGUUUCUUCCCUCAGCAACGGGGUCGGCGGGGGCGGGGUGGUCUUGGGAACGGGCAACACCGCGGGCGCGGGGCCGUACUCCGGUCCCCUGAGGGACCCGCAGGGGGGUCUGGGGCUAGGGGGUAGAGGUGGGGUCGGUGCCGGCGGCGCCGGCGGCAGGAUCGGGGGCCUCGCGGCCGGCGGGAGGGGGGGGGGG